AUGGAGGGUGAGCCUACAUCGCUGGAGGCGGAGAAGGUGCCGGCCACGGACAGUAUUGAUGAGGAGGUGGGGCAGAGGGAGGAGGCCCCGCCGGUGGUGCUGAAGAAAGGGCCGUGGACGACGGCGGAGGACGCCUUGCUGGUGAACCACGUGCGGCAGCACGGUGAGGGCAACUGGAACGCCGUGCAGCGCCUGACUGGGCUUCUGCGCUGCGGCAAGAGCUGUCGGCUGCGGUGGACCAAUCACCUCCGCCCGAACCUCAAGAAGGGCUCCUUCUCUCCCGACGAGGAGCUCCUCAUCUCGCAGCUUCACGCGCAGCUCGGCAACAAGUGGGCUCGAAUGGCCUCCCAUCUACCGGGAAGGACGGACAACGAGAUCAAGAACUACUGGAACACGAGGACUAAGCGGAGGCAGCGUGCCGGCCUGCCGGUGUACCCACCCGAGGUGCAGCUCCAGCUCGCCAUCACCAAGCGCUGCCGCUACGACGAUUUCUCGCCCUUGCCGUCCCCGCAGCAAUCGGCCAGCAAUGUCCUGUCACUUGAUGCCGCCGCCGAUGCAGCCUCCGCAGGGUACACCAGCGCUCGCCCUCCGCCGCUCGACCUUGCUGGGCAGCUAGCCAUGGCCAACCGGUCGGUGCAAUUCCGGGCCCAGACGCCCUUCUCGGCGCCGUCUUCCCCAUGGGCGAAGCCAUUCGCACGGAACGCGCAGUACUUCCAGUUCGCGCAUUCCUCGCCCGUGUCGCCGACGACGCCGACGGGACCCAUGCACCCGGUCACACCGGAGCUGUCCUUGGGUUAUGGCUUGCACGGCGGUGACAGGACUCGAUUCACUCCCCUCUCGCCGUCUCCGGGCGCCAGAGUGGAGCUCCCUUCAAGCCAAUUGCGCCCGGCGAUGCCGCCGUCCUCGGCUGCCACCGCCCCCGUCGCAAGCGGCGGUUUGGACGAAGGAGCGUCGCAAGAUCAGCAGAACGCGGCGAGCCUAGAGGCCAUGCUGCAGGAGCUGCAUGACGCCAUCAAGAUCGACCCGCCGGCGCAUGCGAACGGAGCCGUCGACAGCCGCGCCGAGCAGAACGGUGUCAGUGGUGACUCACAACUGUAUCCAGGUGACAACAAAUCGGAGGGCGAGCUCAAAGAUGACAUCGACACACUGUUCGAGCUGAUGAUACCGACGGCCUUCCCCAUGCCGGAGCCCGCUGCCCCAGCCGCUGCGCCCAACCACUCUGGCUCCAUCUCGCAGCCCAGCAGCGACGACCAGGACCUCGGCAUGGAUCAUAUUGCGGUCAUCGGCGGCGGCGGCUCAUCGGAGCAGGACUGGAGCCUCGACGGCGCCUGCCAGUGGAACAACAUGUCCAGCAUCUGCUGA